CCAUGUGCUCCGACUGGCGCUAAAAGUUUUGAGCCUCUCAAAAGUCCAGAGCCACGAUCCUGGGCGCAGGUAGUCGCGGGGCUCCGGGGUCAACUGGCGUCCGGCCUCGGAGCGUGCUUCCCAGGACGGUGACACGCUCCCCUGAGGUUCGGCAGCCACGCUCCCUUCCCAGGAGCUGCGAUGCAGGACCCACAGUCGGAGCUCACCAUCGACCCCCCUCUGAGCCAGGAGACAUUUUCCGAAUUGUGGAACCUACUUCCUGAAAACAAUGUUCUGUCUUCCGAGCUGUCCCCAGGAGUGGAUGAACUGCUGCUCUCAGAAGGCGUCGUGAACUGGAUGGACGAAGGUUCAGAUGACACUCCCAGGAUGCCAGUGGCUCCUGCCCCUGCGGCCCCUGGACCAGCCAUCUCCUGGCCCCUGUCAUCCUCUGUCCCUUCCCCGAAGACCUACCCUGGCACCUAUGGGUUCCGUCUGGGGUUCCUGCAUUCCGGGACAGCCAAGUCUGUUACUUGCACGUACUCCCCCUCCCUCAACAAGCUGUUUUGCCAGCUGGCAAAGACCUGCCCCGUGCAGCUGUGGGUCAACUCCCCGCCCCCACCCGACACCUGCGUCCGCGCCAUGGCCAUUUAUAAGAAGUCGGAGUUCGUGACAGAGGUUGUGCGGCGCUGUCCCCACCAUGAGCGCUGCUCUGACAGUAGUGAUGGGCUGGCCCCGCCUCAGCAUCUCAUCCGGGUGGAAGGAAACUUGCGUGCCAAGUACUUGGACGACAGAAACACUUUCCGACAUAGCGUGGUGGUGCCCUAUGAGCCGCCCGAGGUCGGCUCUGACUGUACCACCGUCCACUAUAACUACAUGUGUAACAGUUCCUGCAUGGGAGGCAUGAACCGGCGGCCCAUCCUCACCAUCAUCACCCUGGAAGAUUCCAGUGGUAAUGUGCUGGGACGGAGCAGCUUUGAGGUACGUGUCUGUGCCUGUCCUGGGAGAGACCGGCGCACAGAGGAGGAGAAUUUCCGUAAGAAGGGGGAGCCUUCCCCCGAGCUGCCCCCCGGAAGCACUAAGCGAGCACUGCCUCCCAGCACCAGCUGCUCUCCCCCACAAAAGAAGAAGCCACUGGAUGGGGAAUAUUUCACCCUUCAGAUCCGUGGGCGUGAACGUUUCAAUAUGUUCAGGGAGCUGAAUGAGGCCUUGGAGCUGAAGGAUGCCCUGAGUGGCAAGGAGCCGGGGGGGAGCAGGGCUCACUCCAGCCACCUGAAGGCUAAGAAGGGGCAGUCUACCUCCCGCCAUAAAAAGCUGAUGUUCAAGAGAGAGGGACCCGACUCAGACUGAUGUCCCCUGCUUCCUGUGUCCCCCUCCCCCGCCCUCCACUGACCCCUUGCCCUCCUUUCCUGGCAUUUUUGGGACGUGGGAGCUUGAAUGCACCUGCUUGGUGUGUUGACUGCCUGGUACAGGUGCGCCUCAGAGACGCCCUGGAUUCUUCCAUUUGCCUUGCUUUAAGGCUCCGCUAAAGAAGUUGGCCUACAAGGUCGUUGGUCAGGGUGGGGAGGACGUAGAACGUUCCAGCCUGGUUUUUAAAGAUUUUUAUUGUGAGGAACCAUGGGAGAGGUAGGAAAAUGUUCCUGAAGGUCAGGAAUCAAUCACACGCUGGGCUAUGAGCCCAGUUCUCUACCGUUUUACCCAGUGGUUGAAAUUUCCUAAUUUCAUAAGCCAUUUUUAUGAAAUGCUGAUAACCAUACCUACCUCACGGAGUUUGUAGUGAGGGUGAAUGAAAUUAUGUUAGUCUGGCCCCCCAAAACAGCCCUUUUAUCCCGUGAUGACUGUGACUUGGUGCCUUCGUGAGUGCUGGUUCCCUGUCCCUGCUGGUGGGUGUGGUGACAACUUGUACGAAGGGGCAGCUGGUGAGGGGUCCCUUCCUUGCUGGCCUGGCCAAAUCCUGUCCGACCUCUAGGGGAGCCCCAGCACCCAAGAGGAAACCUCAGUCCCAUCUCACAGCUGGAAAGAUUGAUUCCAUCCCUGGUGGAGAAUCUGUCUACAGAGAUCUUUCUACUUCCCCAAGUUGCUCAAGUCGACUUCUUUUGCGCUCUGCACGCAUCACCACACCCCCCCUCCUCCUCCCUUUUUAUAUUCUGUUUUUACAGCAGUCUCUAAUUUUACAAUAAAAUUUUACUAUCA